UUUGCGUGUAUUUAACGCGUAUAAAAUACUUUAUAAACAUUCACUUCACUUUACUGUGUGCUUCUUUCUUCUUCGCCAAGUCCAAUCCAAUACGCACCGUAACACUACCAGUCGAUUCGAUUUAAUUCCAUUCGAUUUCCCAACUAAGAAGAUGGUAGCUAAACCACUUACCACUGAAUUUGUUGCUCUUACAGAGAAGAAGAUGGACAUGACACUAGAUGAUAUAAUCAAAAUGUCUAAAGACCCUAAAACUAUGAAGCCAACAAGGGUUUUGAAUAAAAGCAAAAAGUUUUCAAACACUCUUGCACAAGAUAAGUCUUUGAAAGCGCGGCGUUACAUGGAGUCGAGAUCUUCUCUUAGACAAGGAGUUCUUGCAAAUAGAAGGUCGAAUUUUCAGGGAAACCAAUUUCCCUUUGCAACCGAGGUUGCACGAAAAGCUGUUACUGCUCCUCUGCACUAUGGAGCUGCUAAUCGUAAUCAGAUGGCUAACUGGAAUAAAACAAGGUUCCAUGUCCAUGCAAAUCAGAGAAGGGUAGCUGGUGGAGGUUUUUCUGCUAAGCCACUGCCUCCCCCUCAGCAGCAGCAACAUCGUCGUCAUCAGCAGCAGCUGGGUGACAAUAUAAAGCCAAACCAAAGGUCUCAGACAUUAGAUUCACUGUUUGCAAACAUGAAGGAGCAAAGAAUGAAAGCUGUCUCAAGGCAGAACAAUGUUGUGGAGAACAAUGGAGCUGGUAACCGGAGGCCUCCAUGGGGAAGAGGUCGAUAUGGCAACUGACAAGUGUGUUCGAAUGAUAAUUUCGUGGUGUCACUUUCAGAAUAGUAGUAUGCUUGGCCUGCUGCAACACCAGUUCUUGGUCGAUUCAAAUCUAACCGAGAUUUCCAUUUCUAGCACAGGCUAGCUGUAUUUUAAUGCAUGGAAACUCUUUACCUUUAUCAUUUGAACUUAGUAUACUUUUUUAUUCAUCUGGCUUUCAUUGUAUAGUUGUUUUGCUCGGUGGCAUUUGCUUCUACUCCUGGUAAAUGUUUGUGGUCAAGGUUAUGCUGCAAUAUACUUGUUA